AUGGUCGGUGAAAAACCUUGUUUUUCCUCGCUCCACGCAGCGCUCCACAUCGCCAUGAAUCCGGGCACUGCUUUGGUGGUCGUGACCGGCUGCAUGUUCGGCGCGUUCGUCCGUGCAGCCACGGGCUUUGGAGGAUCCAUCUUGUUUGUGCUGGUUUACAGCUUCUGCGGGCAGUUUCAGGUCGCACCCGACCUGGACAGUGCUUUGUUGAUGGUCCUCCUGGGCACCGUCUUCGAACUCACCUGCUCUCCGGUGCUCUUCGCCGCCAUCAGCAGGAAGGCAUUCAGUCUUUGGCGGUGCCAGCUGCUGCUUUUUCUGGGUUGCCUUCCCGGCACCGCCUUGGGCAUGUACCUCUUGCUGCAGAGCACGGCGAACCGAGAGAUUCUCCAGGUCACGAAAACCGCCCUGAACUUGAUCUUUUUCCUCGUGGCGAUGUAUCGGCUCACGGUGGAGUUCAGAAUUGCCACCCCCGCGGAGGAGUCGGCUGAGAAGCCGGACAAGGAGCUUUGCCGCACUAUGGGACUGGAAUUCAUCCUCCUGGGCUUUGGCAGUGGCUUCCUCAAUGGCUUGCUGGGCUUGCCGGGACCCUUGAUGAUGGUCUAUUUUGCCACCGUCUUGAGCGCCGGGCGACUGAACGGAAAGACCUGCUUCAUCUUGAGCCAGAGCUUCUUCCUGGUGACCGCCUUCAUGAGGCUCACUUCCCUGAACUCUCUUGAAGCUCAGGAGAUGUUGAUGCAGCACUGGCAGCUGGCGGCCAUCAUCCCUAUCCCCACCCUGCUGGCGCUUUGGGGCGGUUGGCGAGAAGGAAAGCGCUUCAAUACCAAGGCCUUGCUUCGAAGCGUUCUGGUGCUGUUGUUGGUGUCAUCGAUCAUGGGCCUGGGACUCUUCCAGGCCUCAGUGUUGAGCAUUGUGGCAGGGAGCCUGGCCUUGGUUUGGCUUCCCCUGGUGCUGAUCCGCCACUGGUUGGCGCAUCCACUCAAAGAUCUCAGCCACGGGGGUGAAGAGGCGGCUCCCCGCGGCGGAAGCCCGGAGGAAGAGGCGGCCGUUGCGGCUUACACCGCGGAGGUGCAGGCGGUGAUUCAACGCUUGGGUGUUCGCCGCUAUCCCAUGUUCAUCAUCACCCCAGGCUCAGGCCGGCCACACCAAGUCUACUUCCCGCAUGGCUUCGCAGCUGAGCUCAGUAUGGGACUCCCUCAGCCGCUGCAGCGUCACGAUCUCGGCGCGUGGAGUAGGUUUGGACGCCGGAGGUGA